AAAAGCGAAAAUUAGAAGUUAAAAUUCAAGAGAUUGAUUAAUAAAAUAUAUCAAAAGGUAGUUUUAAACUAUGGAAUAUAAAACGAUAUUGAUAAUGUAUAUUUUUUGUGCUAGCAAAUCGAUUAUGUAUAGUUCAGAUAAUCAAACCGCAAAAGCUAGUAAAAAUAAUCGCUUUGGAUUGAAAAUGUUGUCUUCAAUUAGUCGUGUCAAGCGAAAUAUUCAAUCAACAGGACUUUUUGAUCAACAAGAAAACAGACAGACAGUAAUGCUCGAAUUUUGUAAAUCUAAUUUUUCAAGUAAAAUAAUAGACGAUCACAUGAUUUACACUGACAAAGAAAGUCUUCUUUACUGCUACAUACCUAAGGCUGCUUGUACAACUUGGAAAAGAAUGUUUCAGCUAUUUGAUGGAAAAAUGGAUUUAAAUCAAGUGAUGGCUGUUGAAAAAAAUGCAGUUCAUAAGCUCCAUUAUGAUAAUUUUACAAGUCUGGACGAUGCUCAAAAAGAUUUUCGUCAGAAAAACUUUUACUCAUUUUUAAUAAGUCGUCAUCCAUUUGAAAGACUUUUAUCAGCGUACAGAAAUAAAUUUCGGGAUCCUUACACAACGCAUUAUCAAAAGAGUUACGGCUCAGAGAUUCUUCGAUUAUAUAGAAAAGACCUUAAAGAAGAGCAGUAUAUGAAGGGAGAGGGUGUUACGUUUCAAGAAUUUAUUAAGUAUGUUAUAUCUGGAAAACCUUUUGAUAAACAUUGGCGUCCUAUGACACAGCUUUGCUCUCCGUGUCAAUUACAGUACAAAUACUUAGGCAAAAUGGAAACAUUAUUUGAAGACGCUAACGCGAUUCUUCAAAACACUGGUAUAUCUCAAAAGUUUUUAUUUCCCUUAAAUUCAAGAGAUCGUUAUAAGCCAAUUUCAACAACCGAAAUGAAAAAGCAAUUUUUGAGUUUAAAGAUUUCAGAAAUUAGAAAGUUGUACAACAUAUAUAAGGACGAUUUUCUUGCUUUUGGUUAUACUCUACCGUAUUAUAUUAAAAAACUCAUAAAAGUAUAGAACUCAACAAAUUUUUAUA